AUUUGUCAUCUGUGGUCUGUGGUUUAUGGUCUUUGCUUGUUCAACAAAAACUACAAGUAAAUAUUUCGCGAUUUCUAUUGAAAAAUUGUUUUGUUAGUUUCGUUUGUAAUUGUUUCAAGGACAUGGAAGACGAAUUAGAAGACAGAGUUUUACAUCAAACUUAUGUGUCGUUUAUGAAAACUGUAUCCCGUUUUUCUAGCAGUGUUGCGUUUGACACUCCAUCGAGCUAUUUAUGGAAGAUGGUCAGAUUUUAUUGCCUUCGGUCUGAAGUGUUAGUGUUUACUCUAGCGAUCAUUAUAUUCUUCAUGUAUCUUCAAACGCUGGGAUUAUGGAGUCGGACGUUGCUCAGCCGACUGUCGCACGCAAUGAGCCCACUCAAUGCCGUCCAGCGUAUGAAGUUGAUGGAAGGCUCCGAAGCCGACAAACAGAGCUGGGAGCUGAAAGGUACUUUGAGUGCGGCAUAUGCAAUCAAAGGCAGGAGAAUGCACAUGGAAGACAAAUUUAUUAUUAACGAAAAUAUAAAUAGCACCGGCAUAUCUUUGUUUGCUAUAUUUGACGGCCACGGCGGAGAGUUCGCCGCCAACUACGCUAAAGACCAUCUUAUACAAAACUUGUACAACAAAGUUGUCGAAUUGUGCGCUUUUAAAGAUGGCAAGAUAGUUACCACACCUCAGAAAGACAGCCCAGAAGAGCCAAUAAAGGAGGACACUCAUAUUGAUUUAGAAAGAAAAAGCAGCUUCAAAAAGUCUGCGAGUACAGCUGAUGAUACAUCAAAAAAAGAGAUCACUGAUCCAGAAUUAUUGGCUCAACUGUCCAAAGCGAGACCAAUCAUCACAAGAGAAGUAAAACCAAGUAAAGCAGUGAGAAAUGUUGCCAUCCCAUUGUCAAGCUAUUUAGACAAAGGCAAGAUAAAUUAUGGUAAAUUAUUGACAGAUGAGGUUUUAGCUGCCGACAGAUUGCUGGUAGAAUCUGCCAAGCGCACCAUGAACGUUGCAGGAACAACUGCUUUGAUAGCUAUGCUUGAGAACAACCACCUUAUAGUAGCUAAUGUAGGUGAUUCAAGGGGUGUCAUGUGUGACAGCCGUGGAAAUGCAAUACCUGUCUCAUUUGACCACAAACCUCAACAGGUGCGUGAACAGAAAAGGAUUGAAGCAGCUGGUGGUUACAUUGCUUUUAAUGGAGUGUGGCGGGUAGCAGGCAUCCUAGCGACAUCCAGAGCAAUGGGCGACUAUCCACUCAAAGACAAGAACUAUGUUAUAGCAGAUCCCGACAUUCUGACUUUUAAUCUAAAUGACCACAAGCCCAUGUUUAUAGUAUUAGCUUCAGAUGGUUUAUGGGACACAUUCUCAAAUGAGGAAGCUGUCAAAUUUAUAAAAGAAAGAUUGGACGAACCUGACUUUGGAGCUAAAAGCCUAACCCUUCAAGCCUACUACAGAGGGUCAGUUGAUAAUAUUACAGUACUAGUGAUUAAAUUUCCAAUUAACUGGUCAAUAGCAACUGAAUAAAAGCAGUUUUUUUUUACUAAUGAAUAAUCAAAUUUAUAAAAGAAACUUAAUCUAUGUAGAUCUAAUUUCAUUUUUCCAAGUUCUAUAAUAUGUCAUUUAUUAAUACAAUUAAUGAUUGAGGGCAGUUUUUUACUACAAAUAUGAAUAUAUUUAAUAUGUUUUGUAAAAAUUUACUAUUUAAAAAUUCACAUAAUUGUUGUAAUAUUAAUGUUUGGUAAACUUCUUAUUAAUUAACUCUAUUAUAAAAAUGUAGUUACAUGUUAGAAAAUAAAAUUAUUUCUAACAUAAAUCUAUGGCUAUUUACAUAACAUUUAUGUAAAAGAAUUAGGGUAUAAAUUAAAAUGUCUUGCCAUAUAUAUGUAUAUAUUACUGUUUAAAAUAAAAUAUUGGUUGAUAUAUAGGAGCAAACUACUUGUUCUACUUCAUAUAAUUAUGGUUCCUAAAGCGCACAAUAGAAUCUGCCUGAGAAUUUUCACACAUCCAGGGGGUUUGUUUUUGCCUUACCCUUGAGUUUCGUCCCAUUUCUAUUAUCUGUUUUUGUAAUUAUUUAUUUGAAACUCUUUUAACUUUAAUUUUAAGUAUUCAACUUUACUUACCACCAUUAAAUCAUGACUAAACUUAACAUUUCAAAAGUGCUUGUAAGCCUAAUAGAAAUAAAUGGAUUUUGAUUUUUUUUUGCUAUGUUUGCCUAAUGGCCUAUACAGUGGCGUGCAUACGGUUGUUGAUGAGGGUAUGCAUUAGUAAGACAAAUUAACCAAACUGGGCAAAUGUGCUUUGGAUAAGCAUUAAAAAACAUUUGUUAGGGUAUGCAAAACUUGAUGCAUGUAUGAAGUGUUGCUACAAGCAUAGGUGUCAGUGUAUGGCAUUUCUAUUAGUAAAAUGUCAUUCAUCCAGGUGGUGAAAGAUUUGUGUAUAAUCAACUUACCUUAGCACCAAUAUAUGAAAAUGGUUUUUUUAUUGUGACAAGCAGGUAAAAUGUAAAGUUAGAGUGAACUUUGAUGAUUGAACUUUUAGUAAAUAAACAGGCUUAAUGCUGCUUUAGAGUUCCUUUACCAUGUUCCUUUGUAUAUUUAAUCUUUUUUUAGUGUACCUCUAACUCGGGUUCUGCAUUUUAUGUCCAGCUUUAUUUAGCUAUUUAGCUAAUACUUAGUUAUGAGAUGUUUUUUUUACCUCUGGUGCUAGUCAUAAAUAAUGUUUAUAACUUAUGAUAUUAUAUAUAUUUAUUAUAUAUGUGUAUAUUCUAUAUGUGUUUAGCAUAAUAAUGUGAUUGGGUAAACCCUUUUUGUUGUGAUAGUAUUAAGUAUACAAAAAAAAAUUAUAUGGCUAUAAAAUAUUUUUGUAUUCCAGUCUAAAGUAACCUGAACUUUGUUUAUACACAACAGAUCCAUGUUUACUAAAUUAUGAAUAAGUACAAAUUUAUGUUUACGAUUACUCCAAUAAUUUACUAAAUUAUUUUAUCAAAUAGAUAGUUUUUCUAAAAAAAAUGUAUUUGAUGCAAGUGUUCUCAAUUUGGGGCCAAAGCAAUAUUGAUUAAAAUUUAUAAUUUUUAUCCUACCUUAAUUUUCAGUAAAUUUUAAAUAUUUAUUAUAUAUAUAAUUUUUAUCCUACCUUAAUUUAUAAUAGAAACUUCGACAUAAUUUAAACAAUAGGUAUUACAUGCUUGUAUGUGUUGUUUUAAUAAAUUAUUAUCAAUAGACAAAGCUUUGUAGCAUGUUAGUCCGCCUUUUAUGUUGGUUUUGGUUUAAUAACUGUGUAUAUUAUAAUUUGUGUUGCAAUUAACUUUGUGAGUCUAACAAAACUGGAUAUAAUAUAAUUUUAGUAGUAGUAGUAGUAGUAGUAGAGAUUUUUGUGGCAGUUCGUCUGGGGAAGUACUAUCGCCAUGUUUAUUUUUGCCGCCAAGCAGCAUUGCUGUGUUACAGUGUGGCGUGAAUGUUGUUAACAGGCACAUAAGGCUCAAUACCUAUACCUCAAGUUGAUGGACACAGAGCGGCAUAGAUAGGACAUGUUUGUUACAUUACUUGCGAAAUGUUGCUCUGUUUAUAGGUGUAAGUUUUCCACUUAGAGCGGUUUUAGACUAGCGUUAUAUUCGCGCGUACACGUUUUUGGAAGCGCGCUCAAAUCGUACGGGCUUCUAAGCUCGUAUAAGCGCGAGCCGAGAGAGAAAUUUCCGAGAGAUACUGACACGACAUAAAAAAUACGCUAGUCAGAAAUCACUCUUGCCAUCAAGUGGACCGUUUGUUUGGUUUUAUAACUUUAAAAAGUUUAUUUAAAGACAAUGCAGGUACAUUUGUCUUUUAACUGAAAUAUUCAGAGAACUGUUAGAUCCACAUUUUUUUUCUUUUUUUAUAGUAUUUAUAAGAUGUUAAUAACACUUGGUGUCACUUGUUAGAUUUUGGUUCUCAACCAAAACUUUAGAUUAACCCUUAUUAAAUAUUAUAAAGAUCUUCCUACAUAUAAUAUAUUUCAAUACUAAAAAGAUUAAUUAUUUUUCAACAUUAUUCAUUAUAAUGUUGAAAAAUAAUUAAUCUUUUUAGUAGUUAUCCUUUUUGAAGUCGGUUAAAAAAUAUGUUCAACUGCAGGUAGGUACAGAUUCUAUUGAUUUAUAUAAAAUAAAUUAAAUAAUGAUUAAAAUUUCAUGUAAUAGAGAAAUAUUUAUAUUCUACUAUAUUUCAUAAUGAACUUUUGUGUCUAUAAUAUACAGGUAAAUAAAAUCACAAUAAUUAUAAA